AUGCUGUUCAGUGUUUGUCGUGAAGAUGAAGGCUGGGAUGUCUCAGUGCACAAGUCGAUCUUGUUGCUCACAUGCAGUCUUGUUUGUCGACCAAUCGAUGAAAAUGAGCAUCCAGAUCACCCGAUACCGGCCAGUACUGUGUUCCGUUCAAAUGAGCAUUCAGGACUUUCAGCGUCGAGUCUUGGCGGCCCUUUCACUGUUAAUGGAGCCACUGGGUCAUCACCUACUCGCUGCUCCUCACCUAGUUCUGGGCAAUCUGGACUUUUUCGGACGCCUACUCGUCUUUCCAUCACCAAUCAAUGCCGUCAAACUAGCCUCACUGCUCAGUCCAGCCCUUCUGUCAGUCUGCAUCCCAUGAGUAGGAAGAGGCGCCACGAUGAAAUGAUGGCAAUGAGUGCUAGUGCUCAGGUAACCACUCCACAAAAUCAGCAUCAGGUCCAUCAGCCCCUUUUCCAACAAUCGACUCACCAGACAGAUUUGCUUUUAAACCAGCCAUUGCAGAUCUCUACCGCUGUCACUGGUUUCUCUCGUUUUCCCCCGAGACCUCCAUCUACGCCUCCUCCGUCCUCUCUUCAUGGCAUGCCGAUUUCUCACCCAAUGACAAUAGUUCCCAGCGAUCCACUCGUUCCUUCCGUCUACGAAAAAGCUAGGCCGACUCAUCUUUUUUAUAAGUAA